AUGUGUAGAAGUGUAACGAUUGGCUUCUUCACCCGGAAAUUUAUUCGUCGCCGUUUCAAUAGCAACAUACAGGAUAUUCUGGUUGGGAGAGGUCUCUGCCGGGAUGACUGGAUUGGCAAACACAUUCCUGAUGCCCGACAGCAACUCGACCAACUUGCUAAACUGAACCCGGAGAAGAUACUCAUUGUAUACAACAACAGCUUGGACUCACACCCGACAACACCACCCAUUAGGAAUCUGGGCCUGUCAAAAGAGGCCGCCGUAAAGGCCACAUCCAGCUUAGUUGACACCCUUCUUAACACUCCUGAUUCUGUUGUCAUCUAUACUGACGGAUCUUAUGACUUGAACAAGGGCGGAGCAGGUGCGGCCAUCUGCCCCGACCUCAACUUGGCAUUAUCCAUGUCUUUAGGGGUAGACCCCCUCUUCUCAAAUCAUGAGUGCGAGGCAGUCGGUUUACUUCUGGCAUUCAGACUCACCGAGCAGGCACUACGCACGCGGAGUUUUUCCAACGUGUUCAUUCUCACGGAUAACGUGGGGGUCCUACAACGUUUAGGGAGCUGUGAUGCGGCAAAACCGGGGCAGUACCUCUUCUAUGAAAUCUCAGACAUCUGGCGCUCACUCCCCGCUGAAUUGAAUCUUCAUUUGGUAUGGUGCCCUGGGCAUGGGGGGAUCCGUGGCAACGAGGCUGCCAACCUCCUGGCCAAGGAAGCAACGAAUAGGAACAAGAGCCCGGACCAACAACUACACCAUAAUGCAUGCAAACUCACAAGAUAUCUCAAAUCUCAAAUCACGACACCCUCUUGGAAGGAGCUGAAGAAACGGAUUUCCGAUCUCCCAAUCUUGCAGUCGGCACUGAUCAAUCAACUCCGAUCGGGCCAUGCGCCCCUCAACGCCUACCUUUUUAAAGUCAAACGAAGACUGGACCCCAUCUGCCCCUUCUGCGAAGGCCGAGAAACUACCAAUCACUUCCUCGACCUAUGCCCAGCAUAUCAAAAACCUCGGAGGGAACUUAUUCGGAAAGCCAGAUCAAAGAAGCUCAAGGUUGACUCAAACAGACCUCAUCUUCUACUCCAUCUUUCAAAGGCGCAUAGCCUGAUUUUUGAAUUCAUCAGGAAGACAGGCCGGUUUCAUUUCUUGGAUUGA